UAUUUUCAUUCCUUUUUGUGCGAUCUUCGAGAUGUGCCAUUCGGGCCCUCUAUGUGCUGCGCUGAGUAUGCUACUGAACACUAUCAGAUGGUGACGUGAGUUGUUGCGCGUAAAUUCCGACGGUACAUAGCGACAGAAAUUGUUUUCAGUUUGACAAGAUGUUUGGCCGGUUCGCACUGCAGGCAAAUCACUACCUCCACCCUCGCCGGAAAUUAACCAGUGUACAAUACCGUAGGUACAAUCGACUCACCUUUAUUUACCCACUCUCUCCACAACGGCUGAAGAUUCGCUAUCGCAGACGAGGAUCGCUCGACCAUCCGGAUCCUAUGAAGCCUUUGUAUGACUGCAACCAUUGUUGUCGUUGUCGUUCAUUGAGGAGAAAAACGGUAAUGCGGCGUCUGGAGAUAUCCGUCGAUGAGAAGGGCAAAACAACGAACGCACACAUAUUCAAAGAGGUAGCAGAAUAUACAUGGGUACAAACGGCCUCCAUUCCGGGAGUCGCAGUCAAGAGGCUGAACGAUGCACCAAUUUCGACCGAUGAAUGCGAGAGGGGACGAAGACAUUGUACCUUUAACCAACUAUUACAAGAACAGGAUCCUCCUCUGUGGCCACGUCGACGUCGCAGAUUUGUCUAAGGCACCCCCAGCGCUCAAGUCGACAAUAACUCAUCGCUUCCUUGGAGUGCGAUGUAAGCUGUCCAACGUAUCUCCGCAAAUGCUACAAUCGCUUUGAAUGCACAGAUUGACUAACGAGGGGCCGCCUACUUCCGAGGCAUUUUCGACAAGCCGU